AUGUGGCCACACAGUGCUUUGCCCAGGCCAUUAAGAGCAUGCGAUGGUGAUGCGCCACGUGUCGCCAUUGGAGUGUACCACCUCUCCUUGCCCGUCUUAGUCAUCAUCGGUAUCCUUCUUCUCUCCUUCUUGGUGGUGCACGUGGCGGUGCCUGUGGGGCAGCGUUUCGGCUUCUCCUUCAACGAGUUCGGACGCAGCUUGAAGCAACUGCGGAAGGUCAUCGACCCCAUGCUGAAAGAGAUUUGGUGCAAACCUGUCGCUUCCAUGACCGAAGCUCCGAGCACAUUGGCAUUGGGUACUCCUGACGCCUUCUCCUGGGCGGACUUGGAGCGCUUGGGCAUUUUGGGGAACCUCACCACGGCGCAGCUGCAGCAAGCAGCCGAGAACCCCGACAGCUUCCUGCGCGCAGCUGCAGCCGGGUCGCGAGAGCUCCUGCUCAGCGCCUGUGCGGCCCGUACUGCCCAGCUGCACCCGCAGGCCGAGGCACAACAGGUUUACCAAGAGCUGGCGCAGGCGCAUCUCCGAGAGUUCCUGACCCCGGAGUUCGCCACCCAGUCUCCGAAUUUUACGGCGAUGCUGGACACGGUCCUGGAUGCCGCAUACACCUUCAACGAGGAGACCCUGCCCGUGCCGGAGGAAGGCCCUGAGCAAGAAGAGGCUGAUGAGCUCCGGCUCGUGGGCUCGGAGCACGCGGAGCACGCACAUGGCGAUGUCGUCACCGUCGCCUCGGCCGCAGACGAACUGCCCGCCAAGACACCCUUUGCGGCAAACAGCACCUUCAGUACUACAUCUUUGGAAAACCGGGCAUUCCUGAUGGACUCUCUGGACUUUGGCCUAUUCUCAGCGGCACCUCGUUUCGGCCAGCUUGCACGCCAGAGCAUUCCAGUCAUCUGGGUGAGCCUGGUGUCUUUAUGGCCUGGGCUGCUGUCCAGCUUCCUUCAGAUGAUCUGGUGCGUGCCAGUUCCGGAAGACGAUGUCAUCGUGAACCGACUGCUGCCCAACCCCUCCGUCAUUUGCUGGUCCGACGAGCACCUGGUUUCUGCUCGCUUCGCCAUCGCUGGACUCUUUUUUUGGUGCCUGGGCAUACCGAUUGCACUGGCCACCUUAUUGCUGCGCCUCCCCGAUAGACACGCUCCUGACAACUUCAGGCGAUUCGGCUAUUUCUUCCAGGGCCUGGAGCGACAGUUUUGGUGGUGGGAUCUCCUCGUCAAGCGCUUCGACCUGGGGCUGAUGAUGCUCGUCGCCUACACUUCAGUUGUGCCCGAUCCCGCGGCGAAACUCGCUAUCUUCCCUGUCCUCUCGGGAUUCCAGGCGUUGCUGGUAGCGUGCGUCCGGCCCUAUACAAACGAUCAAGCUGAGAUACUGGAUGUCUUGGAGGUGACCCUGUGCUCAAUCCGGUUUCUGCUCUUCAGUGGAGUGGCGAUGCUUCUCAACCUGGAGACGUCGACACAGACGGUUCACUUGGUGGCCUACCUCCUCUUGCUGGUCUUGGUGCUUGGCUGUAUGGACUUCUUCGCCCACUUCGCGGCGCAGGUCUUGCGAGAUGCAGCGACUCGGACCAAGUCUUCGGCUGAAAAAUCCGCGCCCUGGAGAUCUUUAGGUGGAUUUCAGCGCUUUGUCAUCGACUUGGCGUUGCCCUUGUUUACCGAGGCGCGGUCUGCAAAGGGUGCAAAGUGA